GGAAGGUUACCUUGCAUACACAUGCAAAUUAAGGGAAAAAAAAGCAGUUCCUAAAAUGUAAUGAGCUUCUUUUUUUGCAGUCACUCUGGACACAGGACCGAUGCUUCCUGUACCCUGAUGCACUGCAAUAUUUGCUUCACUGAGAAUGCCUCCACUCCUGGUUAACAGCAGUUCACAUGAGCAGGAUGCUAUAUAUUAUGCACCAGAAUCCAUUGGCUCCCUGGUUAUCUUCAUCCUCGUUUUCAUCAUAGGUAUCCCAGGCAAUGGGUUGGUUAUCUGGGUAGCUGGUUUGAAAAUGAAGAGGUCUGUGAACAUCAUCUGGUUCCUAAACCUUGCUGUGGCUGACUUCAUGUGCUGCUUAUCUCUGCCAUUCUUCAUUGUUCACUUGUUCCUCAACGAACACUGGCCAUAUGGUUGGUUUCUCUGCAAAGUCAUCCCAUCAGUCAUAAUCUUCACCAUGUUUGCUAGUGUUUUCCUACUUAUGGUGAUCAGCAUCGACCGGUGCCUCCUAGUGAUGAAGCCCGUCUGGUGUCAAAAUCAUCGAACAAUUAAGUUUAUUUCACUACUAUGCAGUGGCAUUUGGAUCCUGGCCUUUAUUUUCUGCUGUCCUGUCUUCCACUACCGCAACACGAUCACUGAUGGUGGAAAAACUGAGUGUGGGUACAAUUUUGGAGAUUAUGAAAUACUAGAAUAUAUGGAUGACAGUGAUCCUGUAACUGGGUUAUUGGAAGAAUACUCACCUUUAGUACCAGCUGUCACAUAUGUUGGCACCAUCUUUGCUCAUCAGCCUACUGAUAGUUAUAGUUACCUAGAUUUUCAAGCAAACAGCAUAUCCACCAACAAAGGCAUAAUUGCAGAAGCUCACCUUUCUCAUGCCACUGUAGAUGUGAACUCCUUGUUAAAUUCGACUGCCUCUCCUGACAUCAGGCUACUGGAAUCUCAGAGUGAUCUACCUAAUACCAACUUGCCUGUACCAUCCAACAAUGACUUCAAUUUAAAGCUACUUGAUCCUCCUCUUGAUUUGCUUGAUUUUGACAGUGUCUUCAGUGGUAAUGAUUAUGCCAUGCCCUUUCCUUUAACUGUAAUAACUAUUACUAGGGCUGUCUUUGGCUUCAUACUUCCCUUCUGCAUAAUGGCAGUUUGCUAUGCCCUUAUUGCUUUCAGGAUGCAUGCAAGUAAUUAUCGUAAGCCACAAAGCAAGAUGCUGAGAACUAUAAUUCUUGUGGUAGUUGCAUUUUUUGUCUGCUGGGCUCCCUACCAUAUAGUUGGGAUUCUGUCCCUUGUGGCUACUCCUGGUACAGAACUGAAGGAGUCACUGAUCCUCUGGGAUCACCUCUCUGUAGCACUCGCAUAUGCUAACAGCUGCAUCAACCCUCUGUUAUAUGUUUUUGUGGGGCGGGACUUCAGGGCAAAAGCAAGGCAAUCACUGCAAGGAGUCUUGGAAGGAGUCUUUACUGAGGAACCAACAUGUUCAAGCCCUUACUCUGUUGACAGAAGCAAGACUUCAAAAGAUAAGGAUGUUAGUACCACAGUCUAAUGCAGGACUUCCCAUCAUUACUGCAGAAAGAAUUCUGUACAUCAACAACUCUCCACUUUUUUUUGCUUUAAUACAUCUGAUUACUGAACAGAACUGCACACAGGGCACAGUGAUGGUUCACAUCAGAUCUGCUAAUCCACUUUAUAUCCUACUAUAGCAAGAUGGGAAGUUGGAAAUACUAAGAGUAAUAAUCUCUUGUGAAAGACCAGUGAAGCAAGAGACCCAGCAUACAUUAAAGAGUAAAGAAGGCUUGCAGAAUGGUUUGUAGUGCAGUCAUGUACUUCAAUUUCUGAACUGCUGAAUAACAAAAUAAUCAGUUAUUCGCAGAAGUCUAUUAAAGAUGUUCUGCAUCUCCUGUCUCUGAUAAAAUGCAGGUGAAACCAACACUGAUGUCUCUCCUCUGACUAUACUUGGUUCUGAAAUUUUUUUUUUCUGAAGAUACUUAGAGAGAGAAGUGCUACAUUUUACUACAGCAUUGCAUAGGAACAACACAUACUCCAGUCAGCUGCACUGAACUGAUUUUCAUUCCCUGGUAGAUGUACAAGGUAUCAUUUUUAUACCAGGAAAUAUAUCAUUGUAUAGUGGUAACUGCACUAAUUCUCAUGCUGUAACUAUCUAUGUUCAUUAGUAUGUACUCACUGGCUCCUCAGCACUCCUACCAUUAGCGUCCUAAACUUUCCUUUAAGGUGGUGUUUGAGGCUGCCCAAAUAUUCCUACUGUAUUUUAGCUUAUUGCAAGCAGAGUUUGAGGAGCUUCUCAGCCACAAUGUAGUUUUCACAGCUUUUCUGGCCAAGAUGAAAGUUGAAAGAUGCACUGGUCUUAGUGCUGGGAAAACAGACAGCUGUUAGGACUUCUGACUCUUGAUAACCAGAAAAGUCUCAGUUGCAAUGUACACUUAAGUGGAGGCUGUUAAUUUAGUAAUGUCCACACCUGAAUUUUCUUUUCAAGGUAACUAGUAAACAGGAACCAAGCCCACAUGCUAGACGCAGCCAAAAGAAAUGCAAUACUGGCAUGAAAGUGUUAAACCGUAAACACUUUUAUUUAAGAAAGCAUGCACAAAAAUAAAUUUGUGAUACCUCUCUGCCUGACCCUUGACACAAAGCACUGUGGGUUGCUACUGUGGAGCUCUAAGAACUCUGCAUGGCAGGUUUGAUUCCCUUCACUCCCCACAGCUGGUAUCAGUGCAGAGACCCAAAUAGGCAACCCAAUGCCUUCCCAUCCACUGGCAAUUUACAUGUAAUUCAGGGGCAGAGGAAUGAGUCACAAGAUUUGACAUGCAUUUACAUAUGCAAGUGAUGGUUGUAAUGGAUGGAUGCAAGUAAUACGCAGAUGAUGUAAAUAUGCAAAAUGUGGGCACAAGCAUUCGUGGAAGGAGUCAUCUUUCUUUUUUCUUCCCGUGGUUUCAGAUUUCCAUGGGCCCAGCUCUGCAAUAUGAUCUGCAAAGCGCUAACUGGCACCAAUUACAGGUUGGUUUUGGUGCCACAUUCCACAGAAACCCAAUCACACAUGCUUCCAAGCUGCAUCGUUACCAUCCCGAAUUGGAGGCAGCACAGACAACAGUUAACUCCAUGUUAAAGUUGGCUCUGGGAUCCCUCAUUCCUCAUACUCAAUGAUAUCCCCACCCUAUACACACACAUAAAAAAGAAAAAGAAAAAAAAAAAAAGAAAUAUCCCACUUCCACCUCCUUCCUGCAGUCAGAAUAGAGGUUUUUACUUUCUUUGCCCCAGGUUUGUCAAAGCCACCAUGAUGUUUUAUUUCUGUGUUGUUCCCCUUACUGAUAAACAAGGAAUAAAAGUUGGGAUGGGCUUUACAAAAUACUAAAAUGAAACAAGAAGUUUGACAGAACACAACUGUACAAGAAAAAAAAACAAGAGAGGGAACAGAGGAUACAGGUUAGAGAAGGAAGAAUUUCAGCACACACUCCUGUAUCUUUUUUGCUUUCCUGAUUUGCUAGCAGAAACAAUUAAUUGGGGUUUACACUCUAUUCCAUCAUCCCCUCCAGGUGAACUGCAAGGAGUCUGAACCCUCCUCCCCCCCCCCAGACCCCUUUUUCUACACUAUACAUGAUACAUGCUUUACAGUUACCUCUUACCUGGGUGAUUAUCUACACUAUACAUGAUACAUGCUUUACAGUUACCUCUUACCUGGGUGAUUAUAUCCUUGAGAGUCCAGGGUAGAAAUCAGACACGUUGGAGUUGGAUCAGAGAAGAGAUGAGGAGGCUGGGGUGCCCUUGACCAUAGGAUUUCUCUGUGGAAUGAAAUGAAACAAGCUGUUAAUGGUCUAGACAGCUGUCUUGAUCCUGACUAGUUUGCAUUUCAGCCAUAGAGCAGCUCACUCUAACCUGCAGAAUACUGAGAUGUUCAGUCGCCUGUCCUAACCAAAAGCUACAGCUUGGUAAAGAAUCUUGUUCUUGGCACCUGCAGAAGUUUCUCUUAUUAUUUUGAAGGACAUUUUUUCAUCCAGAAAUACCAGAAGAUGGCUCAAAGUUUAUUUUUUACUGUGCUGUGCUAACUCAAGUUAUGGCAGAUAGCUGUACGCGUUUUGAUACAUUGGCUAAACAUAGUCCUGCAAACAGCAAAAAAUAUGCAGACUUGUUUCUGUUUUGAUAAAGGAGUUUUAGAACAGGUUUCAAGAUUGCCGAAAGAAAUAAUCAAAUUUUUGCUAUACUUACAACUCCACUUUCAUUCAACAUAAAUAUAUUUUUCAGUUUGAAUAUGUAGAGUUGAAGUCAGACAUUCAACGUAAAAAUGGAGUAAUGGCUCUUUAUCAGACUUUUUCAAGAGGAAAAUAUCCCUCUCUUCACAAUCACUCUCUAUUCAUGUCAUUUCUUUGGGCAGUGUGCACAUUUGUGAACAACUGCUGUCAAGAACGAGGCACAGGAAGAAUAAAAUUUCAUCAAAAAUCUCUGAUGAGCACCUUGAGAACUCACUACGAAUUGUGACCACGGCCACUGAACCAGACUGAUGUGUUGGUUUGAAAAAACAAAGUGACAUAUACCAUUAGUUUUAUGCUUUUGUUGCUCUCUUUUUAAAACUGUACUAAUAGAAGUAUUAAAAAUUAACAUUCGUUUUGUUACUUAUUUAUUAACUAUAUUAUAUUUGGCUGCUCCAAAAGUAAUGCCUCUUGUUUUAUUGUGUUGGCCCAUGACAUCAGAUACAUACAUUGGUGGUAUGGCAGUAGAGACUGACCCCUCCUACCAAUAUUCCAUUACAUUUUGUUGUCAUGAAACAUGUAGCAGUGGAGGGGCAGUUUGACAGAGUGAUGUUUGACGAGGAAGUGCAUAUGCAGCAAGGGAAUACCAUUGAAUUCCUCCAUAUGGAAAGAAAGGCAGCCAGUGACAUUUGUCACUGUUUGCUGAAUGUUUAGGGAGACCAAACCAUAGAUAUGAGCACAGUGAGGUGGUGGGUGGUGCAUUUCAGCAGUGGUGACAGUGACAGUGAGUCACCUCAGCUGCUGCGGGUUUUGAGGAACAUGGCUUGCAGGCUCUUAUUUAUUGAUGGUGAAAAUAUGUAGCUAAUAGUGGCAAGUAUGGUACAAAUUAUUCUUCUGUAGCUGAGAAUUUUCUCUAUCAAGCAGAGUUACUGUACUCAUCAUAUCUAUUGUAGUUUCCAUGGAAAUACACAAGAGGCAUUACUUACAGAGCAACCUAUGAAUAUGCAGCCCAAAACAAUUCCUCUUCAGCCAGUGAGGCCCAGACAAGCCACAAAGCUGGAAACACAUGACUUAAGCUGUCUAGAUCCAGGAUGUAAACUCAUGACCUAAGCUGUCUGGAUCCAGGAUGUAAUCUUGAAGAAGUCAAGGAAACAUCUACUUUGAUGCUUUUGCAAUGUAAGCAAAUUAAAAUUUUCUUGGCAAAAGGCUCUUGGCUUAUGCACUUCAUUUCCAGUUUUCAUAGCCCAUGCAGCUGCUGAGGAUUAUUGCAGACGCUGCAACAAAUUGAUAACCACUGCAGAUGAAGCCUUCAAAGAAAAAGUUCAGGUUGCUUGGCAAGUUUAUUGACUAUAUAUCUGUUAUCUACAGCAGCUGCAUCCUCAUAGAAUAAAUGCAUUCAGAUUUUAAUUGUACAGAGAUAGCUGAAUUUUUAGGCAGGAGUGGAGAAGUAUGAAUGCAAAAAU